GGGCAGGGGCUUACUCCAAUCAUAAACGACGCUGACAACACCUCCCAGAAGCAACGAAUCGAUGAUGAUGAUGACGAUGAAUGGUCGUGGUUGUGGUGUUGCUGUGCUGGCGCAGCGUGCGCGGAGAGCUCUGGGGCUGGGGUCGUGUCGUCGCCACGCGCAUGCGGCGAGCGCCAGUGGAGACAGCCGCAAGGUGUAUGUGGGCGGAGCUGGCGUUGUGCCCGUGACGCGGCAGCAGGAUGUGACACUGGAGCAGAUGGGAGCGCAGGCGGUGAGGGCGGCACUGGCCGAUGCAGACAUGGACCCCAAGAGUGUGCAAGCGGUGUUUGUCGGUAACAUGAUGUCUGGCAUGCUGUCCAAGCAGCAGCACCUUGGCCCGCUCAUCGCCAACGCUGCGGGCCUCGACCUCGUGGAAGCGUCCACCACAGAGGCGUGCUGCGGUGCUGGUGGGGCAGCGUUGCGCAUGGCCUAUCUGGCCGUCAUGAGUGGUGAGCUGGAGACCGUUGCCGUGGUUGGCACCGAGCUCAUGACGCACGCAGAUCGCGAGACCAUCACAGAGGCGUUGGCAACCGCGUCUCACUGGGCGACCGAGGGAGCAAAGGGGGAGACAUUCGUGUCCCUCAAUGGCAAGCUGAUGGCAGAGUACAUGCGGCGGUACAACGUCCCCCACGCCAAGUUCUUUCCUUUUGCACAGGUUGCCCACAACAACGCCAUGACAGCAGCCCAUGCCGUCUUCCCAGACAAGCCGCUCACCCUCGACAUGUACGAGAAUGCGCCCGUCGUUACAGAUCCAAUCCAGCUGUUUGACGCGUCCCCCACGUGCGAUGGCGCGGCGUGCGUGCUGCUCACGUCCAAUCCGUCCCUCGCGGCGCGCGCUGGUGGGAAGCGCGUGCGUGUUGCCUCGUCUGCCGCAGCAACGGAUAUCCUCGCCGUUGCCAUGCGCGAGGACCCGCUCCACCUCAGAGCCGUCGAGAAGAGCGCAAUGGACGCCAUGUCCCGCGCUGGCGUGACGCAUGCAGACAUCGACAUCUUCGAACUCCACGACGCAUACACCAGCAUGGCCUGCCUCGCUUUGGAGAACGCGGGGUUUGUUCCACACGGGGAAGGUGUUGAGUUUGCUGCGGACGGGCACAUUUCGCUGGACGGGCAGUUGCCCAUUGCCACGUUUGGCGGUCUCAAGGCCCGCGGCCACCCCGUGGGUGCGACGGGUGUGUAUCAGGCGGCGGAGAUGUUCAUGCAGCUGAACGGCACUGCAGGCAUGAACCAGGUUCCCAACACGGAGAUACUACUGGAAGGAGAGUGA